CUACAUAAACAAGACAGUGAGGGUAAGAUAUGAAAAGAGAGAAAACCAGCAUGAGAUUUCAACAGUCAUUAAGCAAAUGAAUCCUAAGAGAGGGUCACAUUCAGCAGCUGUCUUAUUCUUUAAAAAAAGAUAUACACACAGUAAUGGAGCGAGGGAGAGAUGGAAAGAAAGAGUGAGAGAGGGGUUGGGCACAAUUGGGACAGUUCCCUCCUUCCCAGCAGGGGAGUGUUUGAAAGAAAGGAGUGAAUGAUAAGAGACGACUGAAGGAGAGAGAGAGAGAGAUCAUAAAGAGUUAAAAGAUGCAGAGAGAAGCAGAGGGCAAGACAAUAACAGAGUGAACAAAACAGAGAGAACGGAGCAGAAAAAAAGAAAUACCAGCAAUAUUAUAAACACAGAAGACAGACCAAGAGAAGAAUUUGCUGCAACACUGACCUAAGCAGGAUUAUAUUACACUGCACUGCACUGCGUGCACACACACACACACACACACACACACACACACACAAACACACACACGCACACACGAGAGGUGUGUGAUGCUGACAUCAGGUAGACACCAUUUGUGUCUGUGUUAUUUCUGAGCAGAGGACGCAGAGAGUGUGUGUGUUUAAUCCUUGCUAGAGUCACAUAGUGUGUGUGUCAGACAGCCAUGAGGAGGAUGCUGGCUCUCUUUUGCUUAAUUUCACUGGCGGCACCUCUAACGGACGCAUGGAGACCAUCACAACCACGACUGCACUUCCAACACUCAGAGCUGGUGAAGAGCGGCAGGCUCAUGUCUCUCUCUGUGCCUGCUGGGGAUCUGAGCUCUCUGCUGCCGGAUGAAGACGGUCGUCGCCUUUACAUUGGUAUGAAGGACCAUCUGCUGUCGACCAGCCUGGAUGAUAUUACUCAAAUCCCCCGCAAGAUACACUGGCCUGCAAAUCCAGACCGGAUCCAGGAAUGUAUAAUGGCUGGAAAAAACCUGCAGAUGGACUGUGCUAACUUCCUGCGUGUGUUAGAGCUUUAUAACCAAACACAUCUUUACGCAUGUGGAACUGGAGCGUUCAACCCUCGCUGUGCCUUCAUCCCUACCAACCUCUUCCUCAGGGCCGAGGAGCAAACACUGCCGUAUGAAGACACUGAAUCAGGGAAGGGAAAAUGUCCGUACGACCCUCACCAGAGAACAGCUACCGCCAUCGUAGACGGUGAGCUGUACGCUGGCAUCUCAUCUGACUUUCUAAGUCAUGAUACGGCUUUUAUUCGGAGUCUGGGGGAGCGACAUGUGAUUCGCACUGAACAAUAUCACUCUACAUGGCUGCAAGGCGCUGAAUUUGUACAUGUUGCAGCGAUGUCAGAGAGUGAUAAUGAGGAGGAUGAUAAGGUCUACGUGUUCUUCACUGAGCGCGCUCAGGAGGCAGAAGGGGCUGCUGGGAAGGUCCUCUAUUCUAGAGUCGCCCGCGUCUGUAAGAAUGAUAUUGGUGGUCAGCGUAGUUUGGUUCAUAAAUGGAGCACCUUCCAGAAAGCUCGUAUUGUUUGCUCCGUACCGGGACCUGACGGCAUACACACACACUUUGACAAACUCCAGGAUAUUUUUAUUCAACGUGGUAAGGACAAAAUGAACCCCCUCAUCUAUGGGCUCUUCACCACUACCAGCAAUGUCUUGAAUGGAUCUGCUGUGUGCGUGUACCGCAUGCAGGACAUUAUUAGAGCUUUUAAAGGAAACUUCCUUCACAGGGAGGGACAACAGUACAAGUGGACAGAGUAUACAGGCCGAGUUCCCUAUCCCAGACCUGGCACAUGUCCCAGCAAGACAUACGGAGGCUUUAAAUCAACGAGGGAGUAUCCUGAUGACGUUAUCUUCUUUAGCCGCACACAUCCUUUAAUGCAGGAGCUGGUGCAUCCUCAUGGGGGUCAUCCUUUGCUGAUCAGAGUGGGCGUGUCUUACAAGCUGACCCGCCUCCUUGUGGACAGAGUGGAGGCGGUAGAUGGACAAUAUGACGUGUUGUUCAUCGGCACAGAUUCUGGCCUGGUUCUGAAAGCGAUUCACCUUCCAAAAUCUAAUGGACAAAAUCAGGAGGUCACUCUGGAACAGCUGCAGGUUUUUAAGAACAAGUCACCAAUCACUGCCAUGACGAUGUCCAAGAAAAAGCAGUGGCUGUUUGCUGGAUCAGCAGAGGGUGUGGUUCAGUUGCGUCUGUUCCACUGUGAUCUGUACGGCCAGGCCUGCGCUGAAUGCUGUCUAGCUAGAGACCCGUACUGCACUUGGGAUGGGCACUCUUGCAGCCCAUACAUGCCAACUGCACACAGAAGAAAUAUUCGUCAGGUUAUUGAUGACGGCAACCCGCUGAACCAGUGUGUCAGACAGGGAGCUGGUCUUCAGGUGGAGGCAGAGGAGAAGACACUAGUUGUUGCUGUAGGUAACAGCACCUACCUAGAGUGUCUACCCAAAUCUCACCAUGCCACCGUCACCUGGUAUAAAGACAUAGGCGAGAACAGCUUGGAGCAACAUAAGGUCACAUCUGGGGAGCAGCUGGUUGUCAUCGACAGGGGAAUCCUCAUUCCCCGGACUGAGCUCAAUCAUGGCGGCGUUUAUCACUGUCAGCUAGAAGAGCAUCAGUUCCGCUGGACAGCUGUUACUAUUCGUUUAAUUGUGUGGAGCCCUGCCCUGCAGCCCUUCCUUGGUCCUGCCCAGCCAUGGUACCAGGAUGUGAUGACACUGAUCAACCACAGCAAACUGGAGCGACGCUGCAAAGAACUCAGCCAACGUCACAACAACAAGGAAUCAGCGAAUCACAAGCAUAACAAACAAGACAGAAAGAGAGCAGACCGGCACAGGCACAGAGGAGGGGGGGAGAAGGAGAAAGGGAAGGGGCGGAAGAACCGGAGCAGAAUGCAGAGUUCAGCACAGAGGCUGCCGAGGAGCGCAUAGACAGGUGUUUACAAAGCUGCUCAAAACAAAUAAAUACAACAAAUCAUGCAAUAUACGGAAUGCAUAGUACAUUUAUGCAUACACACCAUCAUAUUAAGAUGUUUGCUCUGUUCCAAAACGAAUCAUGCGGCAGCAGUAAAGCUCAGUGGAAGAAAAAUACAUGCAAGAUGGGGGAUGAGAAGAGAAAAAUGUUGAUAAACUUACUUUUCAUUCAAAGAGAAGUAUCAGUAUAAAUUGUUCAAAAGCAUUAAGGAUGCUUUAAAGUGAUCAAAAGUUACAGUAAAGACAGUUACAAAAGAUUUAUACUUCAAAUAAAUGCUUUUAUUUUGAACUUUCUAGUCAUCAAAAAAUCUUGAAAAAAAUUAUAUCACGAUUUCCACAAAAAUAUAAAGCAGCGCAACUGUUUUCAACAUUGAUUACACUGAGCAGCAAAUCAGCAUAUUAGAAUGAUUGCUGAAGGAUCAUGUGACUCUGAAGACUGGAGUAAUGAUGCUGAAAAUUCAGAUUUGCCAUCACAGGAAUAAAUUAUGUUUUAAAAUAUAUUCAAAUAGCAAACGGUUAUUUUAAAUUGCAAUAAUAUUUCACAAUAUUACCGAUUUCACUGUAUUUUGAUCAAAUAAAUGCAGCCUUAGUGAGCAGAAGAACAUUAAAUAGCAUUAAAAAAGAUCUUACCAACCCCAAACUUUCGAACAGCAGUAUAAUUAAAAAUUGAUUAUUUUACCAAAUAUUAUUUUACCAAAUAUUUCAAGUAUUUUAUGUUUAUUAGAAUAUUGAGCUGUUUGCAACAUGCUAAUUAAAAUUUCAACUUCGUUUGGAUUGUGGUUUGUUUCAAAUCGCAUAUUGAGUUCAAUGAUAGUUAGAUUGCUGCCUAUGUAGGCAGCGAGGCAGCUCACUAUAGGUUUUGGAACAAAGCUAAUAUCUGAAUCAUGUGAAGGACUAUCGCUAAGCUUUUUAAGAAUGAUCUGGAAAGGGUGUGGUCAAGAAAAGUGUUUACUUUAAUAUUAAAAACUAAUUAAUUAUUUGAGAACUGUGUUAAGCAUAUCUGAAAAAUCUUCUAAAGCAAGGGAGUGUCUCCAAAUGAUCUUCUGUUGAAUAAAAGACAAAUCUUCCAAAGUUAGGGAGCAUCUGAAAAAAGUUCUUUGUUUUAAAAAGACUUCAGUGUUGAUGGCACUUUUUCAUCUGUACUGAAAUGUAUUGCCUUAUUUAUCUUUCAUGGUAUUUAUUUUUCUCGUGAUUUUGUGCUUUGUGUUUAUACUGUCUUGCGUUUUAAGUGUAAAAAUUGUACAUGGUGUUCUUUUCCUUUUGUAUUUGAAUAAGGUGUAAUUCUGUCUCUGAUGUCACUCUUUAAGGUUUAGAGAGAUUUAUUUAAAUUAAUCAACAAAAGCAAACUCUCAGAAAAGUCCCAGAAUGCAGCAGAUCCUGUCGGAUGAUAAAAAAGCAUAUUUUUCUGAGGAACGAUAGAGGCACAAAGGGUGUGUUUUAUAUUAUUGAACUGAAACGCCAACUUCUUUUUCCUGCACAUGGACACAUGCAUGAGUGCCAAGAAGUUUGGCACCCGCCCUGAAAGUGCCUCCAUUCAGAAGGAUGGAAAAAUGAUAAAUAAAUUAAGGAAAAAAGGAUUUAUAGGCUUUAAAGUACAGUAGAGACCGAGAGAAGAAGAGCAAAUUAAAAUGCGGUCAGGCCAACACCACAUGACAGAGACAGAACCAGUGAUCUGUGUAUAUGCUGGAGCGGCUUGGUUCACCAGGAGACUCAAACAAAAAAAUGUUCUUAACAGUCAUAGCAUAAACAGAAAAUGUAGAAUUGAUGUUUCAUGUUUUAUAUGAAGAGGUAAAUCCUGCCAUCAGUGAUUUGAACCUUGUGAAUUGUGUGUUAUAAUUUUCUUUGUUUUGCCUUUUAUUGUAAAUCUGGUUUUUAUUAAUGGACUUUAAACCUUGAAUAAAGUGUUUUGGAAGA